AUGGGCGGCCAAGCCAACCUCUAUUCAUUCCCCGCCGUGGACGCGUUGGCCCCGGUCCUCCGCGCCUACAUCAUCCAGUCCCAGGCAAACGGCAUUGCCCGCCACGGCACUUUCAAGGUCGCCGUGUCCGGCGGCUCGCUGCCCAAGACGCUCGCCCAGGCCCUCCUGGCGCCGCCCACAUCGGAAACCGACGUGGUGCACUGGGGCAGCUGGGAGAUCUUCUUCGCCGACGAGCGCGCGGUGCCGCUCGACCACGCCGACUCCAACUACGGGCUGCUCAAGGCGGAGCUGCUCGACAAGCUGCCGGCGGACGCGCCCCAGCCCAAGGUGCACCCCAUCGACGUGAGCUUUCUCGACGACACCCAGGAGCUGGCGGACCGCUACGAGCAGGAGCUCGUCGCCAGCUUCGCCAGCCGCGACUCGGUGCGCCUGCCCAUCUUCGACCUGCUGCUGCUCGGCUGCGGGCCCGACGGCCACACCUGCUCGCUGUUCCCCGGACACGAGCUGCUGCGCGAGACCAGCGCCUGGGUCGCCCCCAUCGAGGACUCCCCCAAGCCGCCCCCGCGCCGUGUCACCCUCACCCUGCCCGUGGUGACCCACGCUGUUCGCGUCGCGUUCGUCGCUACGGGUGGCGGCAAGAAGGAGGUGAUGAAGGAGAUCUUUGAGGCGGGCAACGGCCUGCCGUGCGCCUUGGUCAACGAGGGAUGCGGCGACCGGUGCAGCUGGUUCGUGGAUGACGCCGCCGUCGAGGGGGUCACCUACCCCCGAAGGCCCUUCAGUUUGUAA